AGUCUACACAUCAGUCCUUGACUAUCUCACCCAGCGUCUGCUUUCUGCUUGUUUUUCGAAGAGUUCGAGCCCUUCCCACCAGCCUGCUCCACAGAUCAAGGCCUUCUUAGCUGCCAAUUUGCACUCAAAGCCCUUUCCCCGAGACAGACCAGAUCGACUCUCUCACGAUGUUCGCCGGACCACAAGACCAGCUCUCCGAGAAAGAGAUCCACGAGGGCGAGGCCCAGGCCACCGCGCAGGUGCAGUUCUUCACCGUCGCCUGCAUCGCACUCUGGUUCUCGCCUCACGUUGUCGAUUGGGCGAGCAAACUCUUCUAAAAAGGCCACGCCGAUUCCUUCGGCCGAUCCCUCACGGGGUGAUGUCCCUGCCGAACGACGGGGGCAGGGAACUCGUUGAGCAAGCUCUACGCAAAGGCGCCUCCCCGUAUAUCAAGAUGAGGUUCAAAUAGGAGGAAGACCUCUCUGUACACUAGCUUGUACACUAUCUGUUCCCAGUAAACAGCAGCUGGGACCUUCGGACUCUCGUUCGAACGGGCAUUGUUUUGAUAGAGACAACAUCUUCUCAAAUUCUGGAUUCCAAAUCAUCGUCAACAGUCACUAUUCAAGAUGUUCGUGCCGCCUCGCCUCGCCUCGCCUCGCCUUUCCA